GUCCUUAGUUGUAUCAUGGGCUUUGUUAUUUUCUAGAAAAUAAAAGUUAAUUUUAUUCAAAGAUGAACGGUAGAUGUCAGAUAUGACUUUAUGACGUUAUGCAUUUUAUGCGUCUUGAAAUCGCACAGUGCAUGAGUAAUUAUCAUUACACUAUCAAGUGUAACAAUGGUACUUCUAUUUAAGUGUAUGCCAUUGCUAAAAAAAAGUCGUGAUAAUAAUUACAUACGUAUGAACAAUUAAAAAUAUCAUCGAUGAAAGCAAAAUUUUCGUGACAUCCUUAUUUCAAAAUAAGACAGCACUUUUGAAAGGGCAGCGGCGUAGACCAGAUAUCACUUUCGAAGGGGGCUUCGAGUUUAUGUGUAGGCAAAGAGUGGGAGAAAAGGGAAUAGAAUAAUUAACAUACGACCCGGAUAGAUGCCAGUGUUGGAACGUACUAUGUUGUCGGCAGAUCUAACUCGUAUUCAAUUCGGAUCUUCAACAGUUAGUUUGCUAGGAAUCGGACCUGAAGGAAAAGAGAUGAGGUCCAACGUGAAGUUAUAUUUUAUUUUUGGCCUAAGCGUUAUAUUAUUUAUUGGUGGAAUAACAGUAGGAGUUUUAUGGGGUUCAAUAUUUGAAACCAUUCUUAAUAACGAGCUGACCUUAACACAGACGUCGCAAACUUUCAAGAUAUGGGAUGUAAAUCCAAUACCUAUAUAUUUGUCAUUUUAUUUAUUUAAUUGGACUAAUCCUCAUGAAUUUAAUUGUCACGAUUGCCCGAAGCCAAAUUUCACAGAACACGGCCCUUAUGUGUUCAGUGAAAUGGACUACAAAGUAGAUAAAGUUUGGAAUAAAAACGGCACUAUAACGUUUCAUAGACGUAGGUUUUGGACGUUCGAGCCGAGUAUGUCUAACGGAACAUUGUCUGAUAAAAUAACUAACUUAAAUCCAAUCGCUGUGACUGUUGGGUACAUAGUAAGAUUUCAAAAACCACUCAUGAAAAAAUUCGCAAGUCUUCUUAUGAAUGCCGUCAACGAAAACAUGAUUAUCACAAGGAAUAUAUCACAACUGAUCUUUGAUGGAUUUGACGACAAGUUGCUAUAUAUUGCUCGAAAACUCAACAUCACAUCAAUUCCUUAUGAUAAAUUUGGUUGGUUCUAUGGGCGCAACGGUUCGGAAACUUACGAAGGCACAUAUAGUAUUAAGACAGGAGAAACUUCUUUAUUUGAUGUAGGACAACUGGUGGAAUGGAAUUACUCCAACAAAACCAUAUAUGAUAAUGGAAAAUGCAGCGAAAUCAAAGGAACCGUUGGAGAUCUGUGGCAUCCUUUCACGAGUAAUAAAAAUUCGACACUAUUCGUUUUUUCAUCCGACAUUUGCACAACCCUAAAUUUAGUGUACGGAAAUACUACGGAAUUAUUGGGAUUAAUUGGAACUAAAUUCGUAUCACAUGAAAAUAUACUUGACAAUGGAUCAAAAGACCCAUCUCGAAAGUGCUACUGUGAUAACGUAGCGUGUCAACCUAGUGGAGUCCUGAAUGUGUCUUUAUGUAAAUUCGGAGCUCCUGCCUUCAUUAGUUUGCCGCACUUUUAUUUAGGUGACUCGAGUUACAGAGACAGUAUCGACGGAAUGUUUCCGGAACAGGAGAAGCAUGAAACAUAUGUAGUACUCGACCCGAUUAUGGGUACACCAAUGCAAGUCAAAGCACAAUUACAAUUGAAUUUGUUCAUACAGCACGAUGAUAAAAUAGACAUGUUUAGAGGUAUAAACAAUACUUAUGUGCCCAUGUUGUGGUUUAGCCAAACAGCCACUUUAACUUCUGAGUACGCAACUCUAGUCAAAUUUAUGCACAUUCUCCCAUUAUUGGGCUACGUGGUAUUCUACGGUAUUGGAUGCAUUGGUGUUCUUAUCUUCUUUAUUGGUAUCUUCAUUACUCUUAAAGCAAGAUGGCGGGAAGAAGAGAAUCAAAAUUUAUUGCCAAGUGAUCGAAACAACAGUAGUGUAAUAACCAGUGAAGGAUAAUUUAAUAUUUGGCUUAAUCAUUAACAAAACUGCGCUUCAACUGAGCCCUGUGCACCUCUUGCCUUUGAAACUAAAAAUAAAUCUAUUCCGUUUUGUGGUUUGGCUUUAAAAGCAUACAUUUCCAUGGAUAACAUGAGGAUGAGUUUUUUAUGUGUAAUUUAUAUUAAAAACGUACACGAUUAUUACCACUUUUACAAAAAAUCAUGUAAUAUCCAUCGUCUAUUUUUCAAGUGUUGGAACAUUAUAGAGGUCGAUUUAACGUUUCGCCUCCAGAGAUGAAAUUAAUUUUUUUGAUUAACUUUAGUUUAUUGUCUGCGUAAUACUAGUUAUUUUGAAAGAUGUAUUCUUAUUUAAAUUUUAAUUUUUCAUCUUUCAAACGCUAAUAUUUAGAUUAUAUUCAAUUGUUCUAUUAGGUCAGUCCAUAGAUUCGUGCGUAUUUUUCUACACAUGAAAAGUAAGCAAAAGACACAGAGUAUAUUAAGUUAAUAAAUUAUUUAUUCGCCUUCGUUAUCUAUGACUAAUUGUUGUCGCUUCAACAACAUAUGGAUUCCUUGUCUGUAAAAAGACUGAAAAUAAGAGUUACUUAACAUUGAAAAAUACGCACGAAAUUAUGGACUUGACUCGAUAUCCGUAAUUGUAAUUGUUAUUCCCGAUAAAAAAAGCAUCGUCAGCUUUAUUUUAAUUAUUUUUAUAUUAUGAUUCGGCUUGUAUUAAAAAUUAGAUUGUCCUGUUGUAUUAAGCAUAGGACAAACAAUAUUGUAAAGUGGUACAAUUAAUAUUCAAUGCCAGGGAAUUAUUGGAUUAAGUGUAAUAACUAAGUGCCUCAUAUAAACAAUUAGUUUAGUAACUAAUCGCACUUUAGCAUCUUAAGAAGGGGAAGUGGUUUAAACAUUUGAAUACAUGUUUAAAACGUCAAACUAUAACACUUAUAUUUUCUUUUAUUCUUUAGAUUUUUUUUAGUCUUGGAAAACAUCCGAUUGUAUUCCAUUUUUGCAAAAACAUUGACGGAAUCGAUAUCCUUGAAUAAAAAGUCGAUUGAAAAACAUAAAACUUUGUACUGUAUAUAAUAUUUUUAAUAAAUUUGCAUGAAAAAA